AUGUCAUUCCAUCAACGAUCACCAUUAGAUAAUCUUAGUCCAAUAACAUACACAAAAUGUAAAUUAUUACCCACCAAAUCAAUCUCCAGGGGUCAAUUUCGGGGAUUUAAUGAUAUUCGUCGUUUUCAUUGCUAUAAUCCAUUUUGUAAUACCAAUUCAAGUGAAUUCCAAUUAUGUGAAUAUUGUCGUCAUGUUCCUUAUGUUUCUCUGCCUUUAAGAUAUUAUUCUCAUUCCAAUACAACUAUCAAAACGGAAUUUAUGAUUAAGACUGGAUCAAGUGUUUCUUCAGGUUCUACUGUUAGUUCACUUAGUUGUACUAAUACUUCCAAUCGGGGUAGUUUUAUGCAAAGAAAAACUCCACCUAUAUCACCAAUUAAAACUGCAAUUACUACAGCAAAUACAACAGCUAUUAGUCCCUUACAACCAUCAACUUCCCCAACAAAGAUAAUGCUAACUGCAUCAAAUGCUAAAGAGGAUUUAAGUAGUAAAAUCAAUGAGUUUCUUGAUCAUCUUGAAAUCAAUAUCUCAACCGCCACCCAAUAA